AUGGCAAAUGUGACCACUUACAAGUACGGAGGUGUAGAAUGGAAUUGCGAGCCAUGGGUUGGUGCAGGCUCCAUGGGAAUCGGGCGGGGAGAUAAUCCCCUCAACUUUACUCUUCCUCUUCUUCUCCUUCAAAUAGCGGUCGUCUCUUUAAUUUCAGCCUUUUUUCAGUUUCUUCUCCGGCCUUUCGGGAAAUUUGCAUUCCUCACUCAGAUCUUGGGUGGGAUUUGCUUAGGACCGUCGGUUAUAGGACGUAACAAAGAGUACAUGUCGACAUUUUUCUACACGAGGAGCAUGUUCAUAAUUGAAUCCUACGAGGCCUUAUGUUUCCUCUUCAUUUGCUACAUCACGACAUGUCAAGUAGACACGAGGAUGAUAAAGAGAGUAGGCAAGUUAGCAUUCAUAAACGGCAUUUUACUCUUCCUCAUACCAUUCACGUGUGGCCAAUUUGCGGCCAUCUUGAUAUCCAAGAGGCUCGGAGGCGGCCCCUCAGGAAUCCCUCCUGUGGAGUUUCGCCACGUGGCGAUCGUGCAGUCCACAAUGUUCUUUCAGGUGGUUUAUGGAGUGUUGUCGAGCCUGAAGAUGUUAAACACUGAGCCAGGGAGGUUAGCACUUGCCUCCAUGAUGGUGCAUGACUGCCUCUCAUGGUGCUUUUUCAUGCUUAACAUUGCUAUUAAACUUAACGUUGACUUGGCCGAUAAAAAUCGCGCAUUUUACAUGACCGUUUUACAGAUGGUAAUGAUAGGGGCAAUAGUAUAUGUGUUCCGACCAAUAAUGCAGUGGAUGAAGAAGAGAACACCUGAAGGACACUCUCUCAAGGCCUCAUAUCUCUCCGUUAUAUGUGUCUUUCUCUUUAUCUCUGCUCUUUGGGCCGAAUUUGUCGGCUUACCUUACUUCUUUGGUGCGGUCGUCUUGGGUCUAGCCACUCCAAAACGUCCGCCUCUAGGCACAGGACUUUCAGACAAAAUGGGUUUGUUUGUCUGGUCUGUCUUGAUGCCUUGCUACAUCAUUGGGAUUGGCUACAAUUUGGAUCUCUCGCUAUUUUCCUUGAGAGAUGUUAUCCGUUUUGAGCUACUUUUUAGCGUGGUCCGGUUUGCCAAAAUGAUAGCGAUUGCCUUGCCUUCCCUUUACUAUAAUGUGCCACUUUGGCACGCCAUUCUUGUUGGGUUUAUCGUCAAUAUCCAAGGAAUUUAUGACGUUCAGAUCUACAAACAGAACUUCAAUUACACGAAAAUAUCAAGCAAAUCUUUUGGAGCAAUGGUGAUGUCAGCAAUGGUAAAUUCAACAUUUUACAUAGUGUUAGUCAAGAAAAUUUACCAAACCAUGAGCAAACGGAACCCUUACAAGAGACGUACGAUACAACACUGCCGAGUCGAGGCUCCGUUGAGGAUCCUCGCUUGUUUCCGGCAACGCGAGGCGGUCCGUCCGGUGCUCGACCUCGUGGAACUCUCUCGUCCGGCCAUCGGAUCUCCUCUCUCCGUGUUCGCCGUGAAUCUAGAAGAGCUAAAUAACCAUAGUCUUCCUCUUUUUAUUCAUCACACGCAAGAGAUAAGUCCCUUUAUCGUGCCUAGCCGAAGAGACCAGAUCGUUAAGGCCUUCCACAACUACGAGAAGAACAAUGUGGAGACCGUAUUGAUAGAGUGCUUCACGGCGGUAGCGCCGCGGAAGACGAUGCAUGAAGACGUGUGCUCUAUUGCCUUUGACCAGGAGACAGAUCUUGUGAUCCUAACUCUUGAUGCCGGGAUCGAGUCGUGGGAGAGGCGGUUGUGUAGGAAUCUCCUGCAAAACUGUCCGUGCUCCACAGCGCUUUUCAUCGAUCGAGGAAGGCUCCCAGAUUUCAGGUUCGUCCCAAUAAAAAAGCUUAGCAUCAGUGUCUGUGCUAUCUUCAUAGGUGGACCAGAUGACCGAGAGAUGCUUGCGUAUGCUACACGCUUAGCGAACCAUCCGAGCGUCGAGCUUAGUGUCUUCCGGCUCGUGGACCAGAACGGAGUCUCACCGCUCAGAGACAUGGUCGAGAGAAAACACGACAUGAGGGUCAUCAACGUGUUCCGCAAAGAGAGUUCCGACAAAAACAUCAUCUUCAGAGAGGUAAGAAUAGAGAUAGCUGUGGAUCUACUGGAGUUGCUAAGGAAGGAAGGAGAUGACUUCGAUCUGAUGAUGGUCGGGAUAAGACACGAAGAAGAUCUACUGAUGUUAGAAGGAUUGUCAGAAUGGAGCGAUAUGAAGGAGUUAGGGGAUGUUGGAGAUGUCUUGAUCUCCAAAGAUCUCGAGCUCUCUGUUUCUGUUCUCGCAGUCCAGCAAUGA